AUGUCUUAUUAUGAUCCAUACCAAGGGAUACCACAGCAGUAUAUCAACCAGAGCUACUACCAGCCAUAUUAUGAAGAAGAGCGUUCGAUCAAUCAGCAGAACCUCCAGCAACUGCAGCAACAUAUCCUGCAACAGCAUCUUCAACAGCAACAGCAGCAACAACAGCAGCAGCAACAACUUCAACACCAACAUGGGUAUGAGCAAUAUGGCCAAUAUCAAAGUGAAUAUGGGUUAGAGAAUGAUUACCUUAAUCAAGAUCAAGGACUUCAGCUUCAACAUGGCAUCUAUGAGCAGCAUGUUCCUCUGCUUAUGGAUCAAAACCUUAGAGAUCCUCUUCAACUGCAGGACCAUUUGCAACACUUGCUUCAUCAGCAACAACAGCAACAGCAGCAACAGCAGCAGCAACAACAACAGCAACAGCAACAGCAACGCCAAUACCAACAGCAACACCUUCACCAACAGCAACACCUUCAACAGGAGGAUAUCUACCAACACCAGCAAUCCAAUAUCCCUCAAGCUCAAUUCCAAGGUCAGCAGUUGCACCAGGGUCAAUCUCAAGGCCAAUCCCAGGGCCAGCAUUCCAAUGGCCAGGAUGACUUCAAUGUUGGAUCUGGAGGCGGAGCACCUUCUAGGACUGUUUACCUUGGAAACAUCCCCUCUGAUAUCCAGCCCAAUGAACUUCUUGACUUCGUGCGUUCCGGUAUUUUAGAAUCAGUCAAGAUUCUUCCAGCGAAAAACUGUGCGUUUAUUUCCUUCAUUGACCAUCAAUCUGCUUUACUCUUCCAUUCUGACUGUAUUCUUAAAAAGCUCAACAUUAAGGGGAACGAUAUUAGAAUUGGAUGGGGGAAAAACAACGCCAUUUUGCCAGCGGUUAUGGAACUGAUUCAAAGAGACGGUGCCACGAGAAAUGUCUACUUGGGUAACUUAAAUAACCCGGUCACUGGAGAAGUUAUCACUGAGGAUGAGCUAAGAGACGAUUUAUCAUAUUAUGGUGUUAUUGAUUGUAUUAAGAUUGUCCCAGAAAAGGGUAUCGCUUUCAUACAUUUCUUAUCAAUCUUGAGUGCAAUUCGUUGUGUCGCCAACUUACCCAUGAAGGAGAAAUAUUUGGAUAAGAAAUGUUUCUACGGAAAGGAUAGAUGUGCAUUUAUUACCAAAACCCAGCAACAUAACGCUGCACAAUACUUGGGAUUAGCUCCUGGUAUGGAAAACAUUGUUACUGCAGCAGAUCGUGAGUUCAUCUCAUCUGCAUUAGUCCAGCAAUCAGCUGCUGCUGCCCAAAUUGCAACUCAAGCAGGAGGUGCAAACAAUUUAGGAAAUAGGACUGUCUAUUUGGGAAACUUGCACCAAGACUCUACAGUGGAAGAAAUUUGUAAUGUGGUUAGAGGUGGAUUAUUGCAAAGCAUUAGAUUCUUGAAGGAACGUCAUGUAUGCUUUAUUACUUUCAUCGAUCCAAUAGCUGCCGCUCAAUUUUUUGCCAUGUGUCAACUACAUGGGUUAACCAUCCAUAAUAGAAGAAUCAAGGUUGGAUGGGGAAAGCAUUCCGGCCCACUUUCCAAUGCUCUUUCGUUGGCUGUUUCCAAUGGUGCCUCUAGAAACAUAUAUGUAGGAAAUAUUGUUGAUUUUGAAUACUUCAAUCCAAUGAAGUUGAGAGAUGAUUUCUCUAAGUUUGGUGACAUUGAACAGAUCAAUUAUUUACAAGAGAAGAACUGCGCCUUCAUUAACUUCGUUAAUAUCGCCAAUGCCAUCAAGGCAAUCGAUGGAAUCAAGUCUUUUGAAGAUUAUAAGAACCUUAAGAUUAAUUUUGGUAAAGAUAGAUGUGGAAACCUUCCAAGACAGUUCCAACAAGGUGGUAAUAACAAUAAGAACAACGGUAACCAAAAUCACCUGCAAAACGAUGGCAAUCAUGUCCUGACUUUCCCACCACAACGGCAACAAUCUUUCUACGUAUAUGAUGAUGAUGAUCUGUUGGAAGGUAGCCAGCUGUGA